GGCGCCGAGUCAUUGUUUAACUAAGGUGAGGCAGUACUUGCUGUGCCCAUAUAAGGAAGAGCCUAAGGGAAGAAGCCAGGAGACAGCACCCCUGCCAGGGCUAUCACCCUGCCCUUUCUCCGGAGGGACUGCCACUGUCCUCCACCACCAGUCUCCUGCGCCUCCCACCAUCUCACAAAGCUGCUGCCAAGCCUGGGGGACCCACCCAAACAGGGAAAGACCUUAUACCUCGUCUAAAUAAGAGUCAUGGCGUAUAACCAGGAGCUUCUAGCCAAGACCCCCAUCAUCAGGUUCAAGGAACAGAACUUUUAUUCCUUGAGGGAUCAUUGCCUAAAGAGAGGCCUGCUGUUUGAAGAUGAGACAUUCCCUGCUGAGACUUAUUCCAUAGGUCUGCCUCUGCUCAAGGGAAGAAACCUCUCCAACCUGACCUGGAUGCGGCCAAAGGAUUUAUUGAAGGGUAAAUCAGAGCCUCAUUUCAUCCUGGAAGGUGCCAGCAGAUUCGACAUCCGACAAGGAGAGGCAGGAGACUGUUGGUUCCUGGCAGCACUGGGCUCCUUGACACAGAACCCACAGCAUCUGCAGAGGAUCCUAGCGGACCAAAGCUUUUCACACCAAUAUGCGGGGAUUUUCCGUUUCCGGUUCUGGCAGUGUGGCCAGUGGGUGGAAGUGGUGAUUGACGAUCGCCUGCCUGUCCUGAACGAGGAGUACCUCUUUGUGGAGCCUUGCAACAAACAAGAGUUCUGGCCCUGCCUGCUGGAGAAAGCCUACGCCAAGUUUCACGGGUCCUAUGUCAACCUGCACUACGGCUACCUCCCUGACGCCCUGAUGGACCUCUCGGGAGGGGUGGUCACCAACAUCAGCCCGCACGUCUCCUCGCCUGACCUGGUGAUGAUGGUGAAGAAGGCAGCCGAGGCUGGCUCCCUGAUGACCUGCGGCACCCUGGCCGGGCCGAUGAGUGAGUCCACGAGGAUGGCGAAUGGGCUGGUGAGUCGGCAUGCCUACACGGUGACCGGGGCUGAGCAGGUUUGGUACAGGAGGAGCUGGGAAUAUCUCAUCCGCCUGUGGAACCCCUGGGGCAAGGUCGAAUGGAGAGGGCCCUGGAGCGACGGGUCUCCGGAGUGGCAGGAAAUCUACCACCAACAGAAAAGCCAGCUGUAUGAGCAUAAGGACGAUGGCGAGUUUUGGAUGUCAUGUCGAGAUUUCCAAGAAAACUUCUCCUGCCUAUUUAUAUGUAACCAAGUUCCAAUCAGCCUGGACCAUGGAAACAUGCCCCAUGAAAGAUGGUCCCAAAUGACGUUUAAGAACCACGUGAUUCCAGGAAACACUGCAGAAUUCCAGAGGGACGUGCAGUACCUCUUCUCUGUGCCAGACAGCAUGGAAAGCAGCAAUGUCGUCGUGUCCUUCAACAUCAUGCCACAAAAUUUAAAGGCAAAAGACAAGAUGUUUCCACUAAACUUCGAGGUGUUCAAGGUGGACUCUCAGGUAUGGCCACCGCCACCCUCCCUGGCUUCUUACUGCCCCAUCUGUCGGUGGUGUUCACGCCUCUUGCAACACCCAUGGCCUGGACGUGUGUCUCGGUGUUCACUGGCUGCCAAUUCAGUCUUGCUAAGUCCUGUUAUAGAUACGCACCUAGAACCUCCCAACAGGCCAGUGAUGGAGUUCCAGCAUUUCCGAGAGAGGUUGCCGCCCACCUUUUUUUCCAAAUUCAGAAUGGCUGAGAAGGGCAUAGUUUCUCAAACCCCACGUAACCUUACAGAGUGCUUCAGCCUGAGCCCUGGGACCUAUGUGGUGGUCGUCUCUGCAGGCAGAGAAGCAGCUGAGUUCUCGCUCCGAAUUUUCCUGAAGAUGUCAGACAGUGACAGGGACCUGGGCAACAAUCUUAACCUCAGACCACUGAAGAUCCAGGCAACUCUUCCAGAAGAUAGCUCCCAACAAAGCAUUUUCUACAAAUACUCUCAGCAGGGACCGGACAUUGAUGCUGCCCAGCUGCAGAGCCUUCUCAACCAGGAAUUCCUGAAGGGACCUCCAGGGGACACAUUCUCUCUGGACCAGUGCCGGAGCAUCGUGGCUCUGAUGGAUCUGAAGGUGAACGGGCGCCUUGACCAAGAGGAGUUUUCAAGGCUGUGGAUCCGCCUGGCCCACUGCCAGAGUGUUUUCCAGAACACCCAGAAGAACUCCAGAGUUUUCCUGAGCUCGGAUUUGUGGAAGGCCAUAAAUGACACAGACUUCCUGGCAGGCGUCUCUGUCAGCAACGAGCUGCUGGGUCUCAUGAGCCUCCGGUACAGCGACAGCUCCGGCAGGGUCACCUUCCCCAGCCUGGUCUGCCUCCUGAUGCGCCUUGAAGCCAUGACAAAGGCUUUCCAUAACCUCUCCAAGGAUGGAAGAGGACUCUACCUGACAAAAAUGGAGUGGAUGAACCUGGUGAUGUACAACUGAAGCAAGCGGCAGAACAGACCCCAGAGCCCAGGACAGACUCCCAGUGAUCACUCAAGAAUCUGGCUCUCAUCUUGUCGGGCUGUGCUGCCCCUGUGGUUGUGAUACUUGGAAGCCUGCUCUGCCUGGAAUGUAGUCAAAGCUGCCUUCAAGGAGCCUGGGCUGGAUCCUCAGCUGGGUCAGGCUCUCAUUAGCCUGAGGUCACAGAUCAGGUGACCUGAACACUUGAAGACACCUGCCUCGGAUCCCUGGAGAAUGAAACAAGAGCUAUUCCCUUGUGGGAAAGCAAGGGGAAAGCUGCCUCUCAGUCCCCUCCACCAAUUCAAUCCAUUUCUUGGAAAAUCCGGAAGGAACCAGUCAGUCCACCCACAGUGUGCCAUGUGUGAUAUGGGGGCAGUCCGCUGGGUGUUUGCAGAACUAUUCAUACUCCCCAGUGUCUGAAUCCUGAUUGUUUCACAGCCAAAUGGCAAAAUAAAACAGUUUCCCUAAAGGUCUUCAACUCCUUUAGGACAAAUA